AUGGCUUCCACUGGAGUGCUUUCAAUCAAGCCAUGGGCCACCACCAAUGGUACGCAGACACCACCACUCAAAGACGUCCUCGCCCAGCUUCACAAUGAGCGCGGCCACUUUCGAAACGUCACCGAGGCUUCGCUCCAAGAAGAGCUUGCUGCCGAUGGCGGAAUUGAGCUGUCCGAUAGCAGUGACGACGACGAAGAUCAAGACCUUGUGAAGGAGAAGAAACAACCCACCACGCGGCAGGAGCUAUACACUCUCAAGACCGACAUCUGGACCCUUGCCAGCGACGCGCACCAGCAGAUCUUGCUCUCCCUCGACAUGAUGAGCCUACUUGAAAGCAAGUAUGCCCCAGCUCAGGCCAAGACCACCAUGUCACCAGCACUUUCCGCAGCUACCCCAACAGGAACCUUAGCAGCAGACGUUUGGCACCGCAUGCCGCAGGACAAGACGAGAGAAGCGCAAGAUGAUGCAUUGGCGAGCAAAGCACGAAUGAAGUACCUCCAGCAGAGCGCAGAUGAUCUUCUUACAGCAAGCAAGCGCCUUGAAGACAAUGUGCGGAAAGAGACGAUGUUUUGGGAUCAGAUCUUGGAUGUCACCAACAAGGGAUGGAGCGUGAGUCGCAUACCAACGGGACAGAGAGCACAGCAGAGAUUGUUAGGAGUACAUUUCGGAUUUGCAGGAUGCAGACCAGAGUUUACAAGAGGCAUCGCGGCACUAAUGACCGAUUCGGAGGGCAAUAUCAAGCUGGAGAGAGGCGUGGGAACGAAACCAAAGGCAAUCAGAGCAAUCUUGAAGAAGGAUGGAGAAGUCAUUGGACAGUCGACACUACCGAAACUACCAGACACCGACGAAUCCACUCUCGAAUCCCGCAUACGCCAUGCUCGCGACAGUGUUUUCGACGAAGAAUUAUACCACGAGAUGCUCCGAGAAGCACGCACGCUCCGCUCCUACGAUGUCAAGAUGAGCAGCGGCAUCAAAAUUCCAUUGCACGACCACACUCUGGACGUCGAGUUGACCCCACUCGACGACCUCACCUCACACGAGUCGCUUCCGCACUCCAACGCCAGCGAAGCCGCCGUCCUCGCUUUGCGGCUCUUAUUGAGCCAAGCUCACCGCAGAGCGCUGGAGAAAAAGGCGCUCGUACCUCCCCCAAUGGCCGAGAAAAGCUCGAGGUUUCACGAUGCAGCUGUUCAUAUGGUUUUGGCCUUCCUUCCAAGGCGGACCCGUGUCUAUGCUACUGGCAUUGGUUCUGGACUCUGGUGGAGCAUCUUGAAGAGUGGAACCUCGCUCGCAAUAUCAGCGCGUUGCAUAUCACGUCUGAUCCGAGACCUCCACCAGAAAGGCAUCGGCUUGAAGCACACGGCAACUGGCACCCAUCCUUUCGGCGCGGAUUCAGUCAACGCAGUGGCUGCUCUCGUGCUAGGAAUGCCAGGCGUAGACACGAAUGCCGUACCGCUGCCCAAGCUGCUUGCAUGUCUGGACGAGGCAAGCAAGACCCAACCCGACAGGCUGCCGCCUUAUACGGCUCAGCAAUGCACGAUCGCCGUCGACGACUUUGCAGAGUGGCAAACGGCCGCCAAGCAUGCUAUCCUGCGCGGCCGCAUCUUUCGACGCGAGCCUAACUCAUCUAUCGCAGCACCGCAUACGAGCGAGCAGAGCCCACAGCUCUGCUAG